GGCGGGCCGGGCUCGCUGAGCCCCAGGCGGUGCCUGGGGAGUGAAAGGCCUCAGGCUCUCUGGGGCCACUGAACGAGGUCGGUCUUCAUCGCUUCGCCUUUGGCAGCAGUGUCCGCAACAGGUCCCUCCCGACUCCACCCUGGAAAGUCCUUUUGAAGAAAUGGCCCUGGUGAGGGGCGGCUGGCUGUGGAGACAGAGCUCCAUCCUCCGCCGCUGGAAGCGGAAUUGGUUUGCCCUGUGGCUGGAUGGGACGCUGGGUUACUACCACGAUGAGACAGCUCAGGACGAGGAGGAUCGUGUGCUCAUCCACUACAACGUCCGCGACAUAAAGGUCGGCCAAGAGUGUCACGAUGUGCAGCCCCCCGAGGGCAGAAGCCGAGAUGGCCUGCUGACCGUGAAUCUGCGGGAGGGCUCCCGCCUGCACCUGUGUGCGGAGACCAAGGACGAUGCCGUAGCUUGGAAGACGGCCCUGCUGGAGGCGAACUCCACACCGGCCCCAGCCGGAGCCACCGUCCCACCCAGGAGCCGCCGGGUUUGCCCUAAGGUCAGGUGUGUGACCCACUCGUGGAGCCCCUGUAAGGUUGAGAGGCAGAUCUGGGUUCGCGUCUACAGCCCAUACCAGGACUACUACGAGGUGGUGCACCCCAAUGCUCACGAGACCACAUAUGUCCGCAGCUACUAUGGGCCACCCUAUGCGGCAGGCCCCGGCGUGACGCACGUGAUAGUGCGAGAGGAUCCAGGCUACAGCUCGGGCGCCCCGCUGGCCAUGGGCAUGCUGGCCGGGGCGGCCACGGGCGCGGCGCUCGGCUCGCUUAUGUGGUCGCCUUGCUGGUUCUGAGCCCCGGGAAUGCUGCACGUGCGCGUAGACUGCUUGGACCCCUGUUCUUUCGGGACUAUCCUGCCGCUAUCCACCACCCUGGCCUAUUUUGGCCUUUUCCACUUCAUAACCCCUGUAGGCUUAGACCAUUCCUCCCAUGCCUUACCCUCCCCCUCGGAGGAAGCUAUCAUCCCAGGCACAAACACGCCGGAAAUGCUCACUCACAGCUACUGCCAGACACCCCCAGACAUCACAUAGAAUAGAUCUCUCCUCCAGAUACAGCAACCAGAACUGUACUUGGCUUCAAGAUCCCCAGGUGCUGGAAGUCACAGGAUAACGUUUGCUCUCCUGGGGUGGGGGUGCUCCAGGCCUGGGGAAACAAGAGUGGGGGGGGGGAAGGGGAGGACAAAGCCGAGUAGCUCUCUGUCCUUUGACAAGGACACAGUAGGGACAAGGCGAGAGGCAGGAAGACAGCAAGCAUUGUGGAGCUGUGAACAGUCUGGCAUAUCCAAAGAAUCAAAGGAGAGUGCCAUUUAGUUGGGGUGGAGACGGGGAUUGGAUCAUGGUGGGUGGAUCAUGGUGGGCCUCAGGCUAAGGAGCUUGCUGGUUAAGGGGGAGUUGUGAGCUAUUAACGGAGGAAGCUUAUUUCACCUAUUGUUUAGUAGUGACCCUACCUCCAAACACUCCCUGGAUUUAAUAUCCUCCUUCCCUCUCUUAGUUUUCAGGGUCCCCUCUUCCCCAUGACCUGGGGGCUCCUGGUUGGAGGGACAGGUGAGCUGUUUGGGACUGCCAGCCUUAGGAAGUUGCUUAAUUUGGGAAAUGCCUUUCUGAGCCCAGGAGCUCAGCCCUGUCCUUUGCUUUGAUUAAGGCUUUGCCUCUUCCUUCACUCUGGGAGAGAAGGCGUUGUUUCCCUUUGGGGUCUGACCCACCUUCGUACCAGCCCAGGGAGCCCCUCAUGUGCCUGUCUGCAGCUGGCAGUCUCCAUUCCUUGCCCCCUCCUCUCCCAACUGCCAAUAGACAUGCUAACACCCCUGCCCAGUGGCCAGAGUAUCCCACUGAAGUUCCCCUGCAGCGAGGGCGCCACCAGCUCGGCUGCAGAGACUAAUAAAGACAUGGUUGGCUCUAGAA